AUGACGGGAAACACGGACUUGGAAGAUUCGCAGCCUCGGUUAACAGCCAACCACAACGAGACGCCGGCUCAGCUCUUGAUGGAUGAUGAUGCAAGGGGCAGCAAUCGAGUAUCUGGCAUGGCCGACGUGGAUAGCAGGAGCGACGAUGGGGAUAUUACUGGCAUCUACGACACUAGCGUUGGUGGAGGUACCCGAGGGGGAGCUGAUAUCGACGCUGUUGAACAUGCAUUGGAUCAUAUAGAAUCCCGUCCAGCGCACACACGCACUGGAUCCGAAUUCGACCCCGACGCACGCAACUCGGAGCCAAGUCCAGACGUCAACUUGGACUUGUCCUCGGUUGAAGAUGCCGCUGGGGACGGAGCCAUUCUCACACGUGAUUAUGUUCACCCCCUUGCUGCUGCCCAACUUGCCCCUGGAAAAAUACUCGUGUCGGGUCAGAUCCAGGGCCAGAUAGGAAAGACGGCUAGUGUCAGGAGUCGGGGGAGAGUCCCAGAUGCGUUGGAGGUUUUGCCGCUCGAUGAACAUGUCUCGACCAGGACUCGUCGGAGAGCAAUACCCCAUUCAUCGUAUUAUAGUGGUCCUCCGGGACUGGACUCCGCCUACGGUUCAGAUCCAGUCGCUCAGAUAGGUGUUCAUUAUCCAAGGGAGAUUUUGAGGAUCGAGAGGGACUACUCUGGGGGCGAACUUUGUCAGUUCCACCCAACAUUCCCACUCGAACUCGAAGGCCGCAUCACCCCUGUUCAACAUCAAGAAUCCAUGAACUCAAUCAACGAAGUUCUUAUCAGUGCACACAGCCUACUUCCGAGCUUUGUCUACAACUCGGUCGCCAUUCUGACCUUGUAUGUGUCGACGUUGUUUGUUUCGUCGCACUACGACAAGGAAAUGCAACGACUAAGGUUGUUGAUUGAUCAACUCAAUAGAGAGGUGUACAACCCACAGGGUCUGAAUAUCCUUUGGCCCCAGAGGACGGCGUUCCUCUUUCUGGAGAUUGAGUAUUAUUAA